CGACGUGCUGUCGCGUAAUACUAAUAUAUUUACUAAUAGAGCUUGCUGUUUUCAACAAAUUAUCAAUUUUUAAAUGUACUAAAUGUUAACCAAGUCUUGUUUUGAUUUGUGGAAAGAAGAAAAAAAUCAAACUGGUAUCGUUACUUUUUGCAAAGACCUAGACCAAGCCAUCGGUAACGGCAUAUCUGUUGGAGUGAUCACUGAAUUCUGUGGUCCUCCUGGAAGUGGCAAGACUCAAAUGUGCAUUCAACUGGCAGUGAACGUUCAAAUUCCGUUGCAACUGGGUGGCCUCGCUGGGAAAGCUAUGUUCUUCGAUACCAAUUUCGGCUUCAGCCCUGGUCGAUUAGAAGAAAUAGCAGCUGCAUGCACCCACCAUUGUCAAAGAAUAGUGCAAAUUCAUAGGCAGGAUCUGGCAAAAUCAAUCGGUCAUUUUACUGACGAAAGAAUACUAGAUGGAGUCUAUUAUAAGCAUAUCAACGGGUGCUCCGAAAUGUUAGAUGCUUUAGAAGCAUUGCACGAGCUUCUUAAAUCUGGACAAAAAAUUAAACUUAUAAUAAUAGAUUCACUAUCGUUUCUCAUCAGAAACAAUAUAGAAAAUACGUUGGAACGAAUCAGGAUAGAUCAUAGAAUACUCACCAAAUUGCAUGUAUUAGCUCACCUGUACAAAUGUGCUGUUGUAAUAACCAAUGAUGUAACCACGCGCAUUGAUUCAAACGGUACCACUAAUAGUAUAGUAAUACCCGCAAUAGGUGAUAGUCACAGUCACAAAAUCAAUCAACGAAUUGUACUGGGGCAAACGAGUGACGAAGAGUCGAGCAUUUUCAUUGCUUCUAUUGAGAAGAGUUUGAUGCGACCUCGUACUCUCGUUAAAUUUCAGAUUACUGAAGCUGGGAUCAGGAGAUUUCGGAAAAAGUAAUUGUUUU